AUGUCCACCGCUGCCCGCCGUCGGUUGAUGAGAGAUUUCAAGCGAAUGCAAACGGACCCCCCUGCCGGAGUCUCCGCUUCUCCUGUCGCCGAUAAUGUGAUGACAUGGAAUGCGGUGAUUAUUGGCCCAGCAGACACGCCAUUUGAGGAUGGAACUUUUCGCCUUGUGAUGAAUUUUGAAGAACAGUACCCCAACAAACCCCCUGGAGUGAAGUUUGUCAGCAAAAUGUUUCAUCCCAAUGUCUACGGGACCGGGGAGCUCUGUUUGGAUAUCCUACAGAACCGCUGGAGCCCUACAUAUGACGUGGCGGCGAUAUUGACAAGUAUUCAAAGCCUGCUUAAUGACCCAAAUACCUCGUCUCCUGCCAAUGUCGAAGCGUCCAAUCUCUACAAGGAUAAUCGCAAGGAGUAUGCGAAACGUGUACGAGAAACUGUAGAGAAAAGCUGGGAAGACUAA